AUGAUGCGUGCGCGUGCGUGCGUCUUUCCUCGACACCUGUGCCUUCUCCUGCUUCAUCUUUCUUUCUCUCGCCGUUCUCGGCGUGAUAAGGCCACCCAUAGGCGUGCAUCCCAUUCCGCCCCCAUUUCCUCUCUCGCGCCUACGCUGUGCACCAAUAUGGGGACGUGCAAGACAGACAUCAAGAGGGUGAAGGACGUGUCAGAGGCGACGGCGCUCGUGUUAGACUGGUUCGAGCGGCACAACAAGCCAGCCACACCGCAGUCGCUGACGGAUGCGCUGGGCAGCCGCGUGGCCAAGCCGCUCCUACAGCGGAUUUUGGAGCAGCUGCACACCGAAGAAAAGCUUCACGUGAAGGACAUGAAGAAGAUUCGCUUCUACUACCUGCGCGUGCUGCCGCUGUUGCAUCCCGACGGGGCCACCACAAUCCAGCAGCACGGCGAGCCCGAGGACGAGGCAGCCAUCGCAAUCGGCGAAGGCGACAUGGCUAGCGCACCAGAGGUCGGCGCCGGGAUAGCGGUGUGUGAGGCAUUACCAGAAGAUGCGCGUGCGGCGCUGCUUCGCGCUGUGGGCAUCUCCGCCGUGCAGCUUUCAGAGAGGAGUCGCCGCCUCGCUCGCUGGUGUGAGUGGCCCUCGUCGACGGAGCGAGCAGCCAAGUGCACAGAUCUUGCGCGCGUCGUCUGUGAGCUUAGGGACGGACUCGAGCGCCUCCAGUCGAGGCACGCCGAGGAGUCCGCCGAGGCGCACGGUAACGGCUCAUGGGCAUGGCGCGCGCAUCGUGCGGUGUGCCGGUACCGGCGCGCUCGGCGUCACUGGGUGCAGCGCAAGGACUGGGCCAUGCGCUUGUUGGAGGCAACGGCGGGGGAUGCGCACACCCCUGUAGAGGCCGCGGCGCUCUUGGGCUGCACGACGGAUGAAGACGCAGGUGUCUCCUUUGCGGAUACGGCGGUGGUGCUGCCGGUUUCGCUCCUGCGCGAGCCGGGUCUCUCGCAACGCUGGUAG